CUCUUCUCCAGUCGUCCCCCAGUCUCAGUCCACCACCGUCGCAGCCGGAGGGGAGAGGACGGAAGGCAAUGCCGUGCUGCCAGACUGUGCUCAGUGCCGCGGCGGCCGCCGCCGCCAGCAGAACGCCGUCAUGGCUCCAUCGGCUGCACGCCAAAGGGGGUCUAUCCUUCCCCUCCCACCUCAACAUUGACGACCUCCUCUACGGGGGCCGACAGGCCCAAACUCCCCCUCCCCCUCCCUCGCCCCUGCCACCUUCUUCUUCCAAUGAUCACAACGACCUCGUCGUUGUUGUCAGGGAGUCGCCUACAAAGGCCGCCGCUAAGCCCAAGCCGCCGCCGGCGGCUCAGCGUCCGCCCCGCAACCCUUCGCGACCAAACCCUAGCUCUAGCAAUUCCUCGCAGCCGCCGCCGCAACCACAGCUUCAGCUCGUUGCCGUGAUCUCCGAUGUCUUCGCGGUCCCGUCCUCCGCCCCGCCGGGCCCCCCGGCCCCCAAAGCCUUCCGCAAGCAGUCCCGGCCCCGCCCGAGAACUGACGAGGACCAGCCGAUCUCUGCCCUUCCUGCACAGCGUCCCCACAAGGACAAAAAGGACAAGAUCGCCAAGGCCAAGAAGCGCCGCCGGGCGGAGCGCGCCGCGGAUGCCGACGGUGAGAGGUGUAGCCGGACCGAUGUCACCGUCAUAGACACCAGCAUCGAUGGCUGGAAGGCCGCCAAGGUGCUCAUCCGCCGGGGAGACGUCUGGAAGGUUCGUAACAAGAAGCCUUCCGCGGUGUCUGAACUGGAGGAUGCCAUUGCCAAGGGCAAGAGGAGGGCUGGCCUUGUCUCUAAGCUUCAGAGAGACAAAGAGAAGGAGAAGCAGAAGGAGAAAGAAGCAAUCACAUCAGGAAACACUCAUGCUGGCAGUGGAGAUGUGACAAAGACUCAGAUUAUCCUAUUCAAACCCCGAAAAGAUCUUAGUUCUGUGCUAGAACCAGAAGGCCAAAGUGCAUGAAUUUUUCAUUUGCAGACAACAUAGAGGCAAGGAAAACGAGUCAGACAGCCAUAUAGCUGACUUGAGAAGGAAUUAUGGACAAGGCACAUUGAGACAAGGAUGCCAUUACAUUGCAAUUAACAUAUUCAGUUUGAUUAUUGUCCUACUGAUGUUUUGGUGUCUUAAAUGGACCCUGUUAGAAGUUCAAAAAAAUUCCAACUGCGAAUAACUGGCCCUUCGGGGCCAGGAAGAUAUGUUUGUGGAUGAACACUCGCGAGGCCACAUGACUGUUACUUUUGUUUCUUCCCCUUUUUUUUGUAGAAAAAGGUCAAGGCUAUCUAAAUGUUGUCCGGCAAUUGUUGGAGUUGAUGGAGGUUCUGAUUCGUUUGGUCAAUCUGGCCAGUCGAUCGUGUACUGCAAACCCAUUUGGGUACUGUAAAUGUUAUGUUGAUAAUGCUACCUCAGUUGCUGUACAAGUUGAGUUGGCGGUAUUUAGCCAAGCGUUUCCAGG